CGACUGUUGUGGCUUUAGUAUUUCUGUAACCUGGGUACUAUCUGGAAAUGUGAUUGGAAUAAGUGUGUAUUAUUAUUGGAAUGAACAAGGCAAAAUCGCCAGUCAGUUGGAGCGAUGCUGAGACGAUUUACGAAAAUACGAGACUGGAAAUGGACUUUGAUUGAGAUACCAGUGUCAAUGGAUUAUUUAAAAAGAACAUAAAGCUUUAUAUACCGAUAUAUUAUUUAUAAAUAAAAACGAAAUAACAAAUAGAAUAAAAUAAUUUUUAAAUUUUCUAAAAGUGUGAACUUGAAAUUUAAAGAAUUUAAGCUGGGCAAUUGAUAAAAGCUCAGCUAAAUUAAUUUGAGAAUCGUGGAAGGUAAUACAAGAAAAACGUCUAACCAUUACGGGUAUCAAUAUCAAAAUUCUCAUACAUAUAGCAACGGUAUAGCAAGUAUUUACGGUUGUAAAACAACAAAUUCAAUAACACGACAAUUGCCACAUUUACAUGAAGACUAUAGACCAAUAUAUUUUUACGUUGCUCAACCAUAUACAAUACCAUAUACAUUUGCAAAAAGACCAAAACAAUCAUCAUUACAAAAAAGUGGUAAACAACGUAGUAAUUAUCGUGUUAAAUUUUCUAAAAAAUUAAGUAACGCUGAAUUUUCACAAAAAGUUAAACAAGGUGAAUUUUCAAAAAGUUUAAAUCAAGUACAAUUUGUGGAUGAUACAAUACCAGAAAUAAAAAAUUAUCCAAAGAUAGAAAGCCAACAUCAACAAAAAAAAAAAAAAAAACAACCUGAUCCAAGAAUGACGUCAAUGUUUAGAAGGGGUACAAUAUUUGCGACAUUUUUUUUGUCACUUAUUGGAGGUGGUCUUGUUUGUACAGCAUUGGUAACACAACACUGGGUUGAAGCAAAAACAUGGAGAACAGCAAAUCCAUAUGAAAGUUCUGGAAAUGUACAUUAUGGUUUGCUUCAAGGAAAAAAAGAACUUAAUGUUGCUUAUGGAUUACGAACUCAUCAUGUCUCAAUUGCUCAAAUGAUUAAACAAGAUCCAAUGGUGAUGAAUUGGAGUCUCUGGAUGGCGACCCUCAUAACAACAAUAUCAGCAUUAGUUGCUGCAGCACUAUCAGCACUUCUUGCUGUAUUAAAUACAGCAACAACACCAAGAAGUAAAAUAUUUUCAGUUCCUGGUGUUUAUUUAAUAAAUACACUAACAUUCUUACUGUGCAUGACAAGUGCUGGUACCUGGUUAGCACAAUACUCGACGAAAUUGUACAACAAUGUAUUGUCAAAAGAGGAUAUAAACAACACAUGGACAAGUGAGGGUACUGCUGAACUUGGCUACUCAUUUUGGCUUGUUGUCUGUGCUGGAUUUGUUCAUCUUAUCAGUAUUGCACUGGUGGCUUGGGGAUCUGGAAGAAUCAAAGAUGAACGUCUUGAAGCCAUGCCUGCACUUGAGGAAAAAACUGCUGCGGCCAUAAUGCUCUAUUAAUUAUUAAAAAAAAAACAAGAUGAUCAAUAAAGACAAAUGCAACUAUCAAAAUGAUAAUGCAUUUUUUUUUAAUUUAAAUAUUUCUACGUGACAAUUUUUGUUGAUAAAAAUUGAUGAUUGCCAAGUCUACUUAGUAUUGAAUUAUUUUUUUUAUAAUAAUAAUAUAUUUUUAGUAAUUUUUUCGAGUACGUUUUGUCAAGGAAGUGAAUCUUUAAUGUUUAAAUUUCUGUAUUCAGUGUCUGUGUAUGACGCUUUAGUUUUUUUUUUUUAUUUUAUAAGAGUGAAAAAGAAAGAAAAAAACGAUUUCACUCGUGACUGCAUUCUGAUGUGAAUGAAUAAAUAUUAUUACAAUUUGUUAUCGUGUGAAUCUCGUUACUUCAAUGAUAAAAUGAUGUAAUGGCUUUUGUGAAUUUUUUUUUAGCUAUACAAGUUUGUAAAUAGAAAGUUUUUCAACUAGAUUAUUAUUUCAAUAUUAUUUAGUGAUAUGUUAUUUAAAU